AUGCCAUCCCAAAACUUACCUGGCAAUCAGGCCAACACGGAUCGUCUCCAAGUAUGGAAGACCCGUCUCCAGAAUCUCACAGAUCUAUUGGUCCCAACCGAUUAUCCACGUCCAUUGCCUGCUCGUACUGUAGAAGAGAAGGCUACAAUCGAUCUCCCAGAGCAAACUCUCUUGAGUAUUCUCCAGAUAUCUAUGGGAACAGCCACAAAAGACGGUCAGCACCCCACUCCCUUCACAAUUCUUCUCAGUGCAUUUGCUGUCCUUCUUCAACGCUAUACUGGUGAUGAAGAAUUUGCUGUCGGAACCUCAUCCCUCUCCGGAAAUCCCUUGGUUCUCAAGCUCAAUGUGGAUCCCACCCAGAGCUUUGAGGAAAUUAUCAAGAUGGUACACACAGUUGAAAAAGAAGCUCUGGAUGAAGAGGUGCCUUUUGAGAAGCUCAGUGAGCUUAUGGAUACACACACUGACCCCGACAGCAGGCGUCCUCUUUUCCGAGUUCGUUUCUAUAACGAGACUGAUACUCCAUCUCAAAAGCAGCUGUCUUCUACCUCUGCAAAUGCUGAUCUUACUAUCUUCAUUACUUCACCCGAAGCCAGCACCUCCUUACGUACCUCAUUCUUGCGUCCCAUCUCUAUACGGGUCGUAUACAACCAAAUAUUAUUUUCCCCUAGACGUAUCCAAUACCUUUUAUCACAAAUCAAGACAGUUUUAGAAACAUCAUCCAAGCAGAAUCUGCCUGUAGGCCAAAUACCCAUAUCUGAUUUGGGGGAAAGUGACUGUCCUUUGCCAGAUCCCAAGGCAGACUUACAUUGGUCUUUGUGGAGAGGUGCAAUCAGUGAUAUCUUUAGUGAAAACGCCAAGAGACACCCGCAGCGCGCAUGUAUUGUUGAGUCCCUUGAAGAUGGAGGCCGCGUAUCGUACAGCUACCAGAACAUUCACCAUGCUUCUAACCUCGUCGCCCGUUAUCUUGUUGAGCAGGGUAUUCAGCGUGAGGAUGUGGUUAUGAUCUAUGCCUAUCGUGGUGUGGAUCUUGUUGUGGCCAUUAUGGGUGUACUUAAAGCUGGUGCUACCUUUAGUGUUAUUGACCCUGCCUAUCCCCCUGCUCGUCAGGAAGUCUAUCUGUCAGUAGCAAGACCUCGCGGCUUAAUUAUCAUUGAUCGUGCUUGUUCUAUUGCCGAGUCCGUGCGUGAAUAUAUCAAGAAGGAACAAAACGUAAUUUGCGAAAUCCCUGCUCUACGUAUCGAUGCCAAUGGUCUAUUGUCUGGUGGUGUUUUACCUGGUGAUGCCAAGGAUGUAUUUGAUCCAAUUCGUUCCAAGGCUGCGGAUAAUAUUAAUAUCGUCAUUGGUCCUGACAGCAUUGGCACUCUUAGUUUUACUAGUGGAAGUACUGGUAUACCCAAGGGUGUUCGUGGUCGUCAUUUUGCACUCACUCAUUUCUAUCCCUGGAUGGCACAGGAGUUUGGAAUUACUGAAAACGAUAAAUUCACCAUGCUAUCCGGUAUUGCUCACGAUCCCAUUCAACGUGACAUAUUUACUCCUCUCUUCUUUGGCGCCGAGUUACAUAUUCCUACUGCCGAAGAUAUUGGUAUUCCUGGCCGUCUUGCCGAAUGGAUGAACCACACAAAGGUUACAAUUACUCAUUUGACUCCUGCCAUGGGCCAGUUACUUUCUUCGCAUGCUCAGACCGAUAUUCCUACCUUACGCAAUGCUUUCUUUGUUGGUGACAUCUUGACCAAGCGUGAUGCCGCUCGUAUCCAGCAGUUUGCUCCUAAUGUUGCUGUUAUCAACAUGUAUGGUACCACCGAAACUCAGCGCUCUGUUUCGUACUUCGUCGUUCCUUCGCGAGCUUCGCACCCAGCUUUCUUGAGUUCUCAAAAGGAAGUAAUACCCGCUGGUAAGGGUAUGGUCAACGUUCAGUUGCUGGUAGUCAAUCGUCAAGACCGCACCAAGCUAUGUGGUGUCGGAGAGAUUGGUGAGAUCUAUGUACGUGCACCUGGUCUGGCCGAAGGUUAUUUGGGUUUGCCCGAAGCCACCGCAGAAAAGUUUAUUCCCAACUGGUUUGUCGCCGAUCCUAACCAAGAAAUCAAGUCUAAGGCCGUAGUUCAAGGUGAUGCAUGGAAAGAAUUCUGGAAGGGCAAACGUGAUCGUAUGUACCGUUCUGGUGAUUUGGGUCGCUACAGACCUGACGGUGAUGUUGAAUGCACUGGUCGUGCUGAUGAUCAGGUCAAGAUUCGCGGUUUCCGUAUUGAACUGGGAGAGAUUGACACUCACUUGUCCCAGCAUCCUAUGAUCCGUGAGAAUGUUACACUCGUCCGUCGUGACAAGAACGAAGAACAGACCUUGGUUGCCUACUUUGUUCCAGUUCAGAACAUGAGUUCUGAAUUUGCUAGUGCCGCUGAGGACGAUGAAGACAAAGGAGAGAGUGCUGACGUCCGCUCUCGUCACCGCUACCGCCGUUUGAUAAAGAAUGUGCGUGAUUAUCUCAAGCAGAAGCUGCCUUCGUACGCAAUCCCUGCCGUGUUUGUGCCUUUGAUCCGAAUGCCCCUUACUCCCAACGGCAAGGUUGACAAGAAUGCCCUUCCUUUCCCUGACACUGCUCAAUUUAAUGGAAAUGCCGUGCCGGUAAAAGCCCCUUCUGCUGAUUCUGUUGCUAGUGGACUAUCAUCAUACACAGCAAAUGAACGUAUCAUCCACUCCAUUUGGCAAACCCUUCUUCCCUCUCCUGAUCCGGUCAUUGCUCUUGAUGACAAUUUCUUUGACUUGGGUGGGCAUUCCCUCAUUGCUACCCGCCUUGUGUUUGAGAUCCGCCAAAAAUUCCAGGUCGAAGCACCUCUUGGUCUUGUGUUUGCUGAGCCCACUAUUCGCGGUCUUGCUCGUGAAGUUACUGCCUUGCAACGUAAUGACACCUUGUUGGCGGAAGAUUCGCUCGACAACGAGACCGUGAAGCCCAAGGAAGUCAUCAACUAUGCAGCAGAUGUUGAUGUGUUGGCUGCUGACUACCUCCAGAAGUCGUAUCCCCCUCUUGCUGUAAACAAAGGUGUCCGUACAUUUGUGCUAACUGGUGCCACUGGUUUCUUGGGUGCAUUUAUUCUUGCCAAAAUAUUGGAGCAUAAGAAUACCCGUGUCGUAUGUGUCGUUCGUGCCAAGAAUAGUGCUGGUGCUUAUGAGCGUGUCAAGAAGGCUGCAAUUGGACAUUUGGUCUGGGACGAUAGCUGGGAGACCGAUAAACGAGUUGAAGGUAUCUGUGGUGAUCUUGGAAGCGAGCGUCUUGGUCUUUCUGAAGCUACGUGGAAUGACUUGGCCACUCGUGCUGACUGCGUUAUUCACAAUGGUGCGCUUGUUCAUUGGGUUUAUCCUUAUCAGCAAUUGCGGGCUCCCAAUGUCCUCGGUACUCUUUGGGGUAUGCGUCUGGCAUCUGAGAAGAAACAAAAGUCUUUCCACUUUGUUUCUUCGACAUCUGUACUAGACACCGCUUACUACGUUGGCUUUGGCGAGAAUCAAAAGGUUCCAGAAUCCGAUUCUCUUGAAGGUUCCCGUACUGGACUGGAUUCCGGCUAUGGACAGAGCAAGUGGGUUGCUGAGAAGCUAAUUAUGGAAGCCAGAAAGCGUGGAAUGCCUGCUACUAUUAUUCGCCCUGGCUAUAUUCUUGGUGACUCUCACACUGGUGUUACCAAUACUGAUGAUUUCAUCUGGCGUCUUAUUAAGGGUUGCGUUGAGCUCAAGUACAUUCCCUCAAUUUCUAACAACGUCAACCUAUGCUCCGUGGACUAUGUGGCUUCUGUUGUAGCUUCUGCCGCCCUCUACGAUCAGGAUUCUGCUUCUCGUGGUAUAUUCCAAGUUACACACCCUGCCAACUUUACCUUUAACAAUCUGUUCCAAACAUUGUUAACCUUUGGAUACGAGUGCAAGCAAACCGAGUAUAUUGACUGGCGUAACAAGCUGAUGGAGUACACACUUCAGUCACAAGACCACUCUCUUUUCCCCCUUCUCCACUUUGUCUUGGAUGAUCUCCCGACCUCAACCAAGAGUGCCCAGUUAGACGACACAAACACACAAGCAAUUCUUGCACACGAAAAGGUUAAAUGUCCUUUGAUGGGUGAUAACCUGUUGGGUCUUUACUACGCAUACCUCAUCAAGGCUGGAUAUAUGCCUAAGCCCACUCUUCCCGGAAAAGCACUCCCUGUCCUUGAUGGGCAUGUUACUUUGCUGAAGCGCAGUGGCGUCUGAUUUUUUUUAAUAUUUCCAUUGUUUCCUUUAACAUCCUCAAAAUUCCUGUAUUAUAUGAAAUCGUUUUGUCUUCAAAUUUUAAAAUAAUAAAAACACACUACAAAUGCAUUUACACUU